AUGAAUCAAUGUGACCUUGAGAGAUAUGAUCAGUCCGAAUCAGAGCAUUCUGCCUCACUAAAAUCUAAAUCAUCAGAUUUAGGUGAAUGUGAUGAACCUUCUCUCUACAUCAUCACCUCCCUCAUCAUACUCCUCCUUACCAUCAUCUUCCUCGCUCUCUUCAGCUGGAGUGAGUGCGUGCAGGUGCGUGGCCAAGCAGGUCGUGUGUGGCGGCAGCGACCACCCAGCUACAGCGGUGUGCAGUACCCCAGUCCUGUCAAGGUGCCGCUGGUAGAGUCGACGAUACUGAGGCUUGGUUCUCCCUCGGCGAUCUCGCCAGGGCAGCUCGAGUAUCAUUCGGGGCCUUGCAUGUCCCAGAGGUCAGGUUAUGUGUACCGUGAAGAAGGAUACACAGGCUAUGUGUACCGUGAAGAAGGAUACACAGGUUAUGUGUACCGUAAAGAAGGAUACACAGGCUAUGUGUACCGUGAAGAAGGAUACACAGGCUAUGUGUACCGUGAAGAAGGAUACACAGGCUAUGUGUACCGUAAAGAAGGAUACACAGGCUAUGUGUACCGUGAAGAAGGAUACACAGGUUAUGUGUACCGUAAAGAAGGAUACACAGGCUAUGUGUACCGUGAAGAAGGAUACACAGGCUAUGUGUACCGUAAAGAAGGAUACACAGGCUAUGUGUACCGUGAAGAAGGAUACACAGGCUAUGUGUACCGUGAAGAAGGAUACACAGGUUAUGUGUACCGUGAAGAAGGAUACACAGGCUAUGUGUACCGUGAAGCUGAAUACACAGGUUAUGUGUACCGUGAAGCUGAAUACACAGGCUAUGUGUACCGUGAAGCUGAAUACACAGGUUAUGUGUACCGUGAAGCUGAAUACACAGGCUAUGUGUACCGUGAAGCUGAAUACACAGGUUAUGUGUACCGUGAAGCUGAAUACACAGGUUAUGUGUACCGUGAAGCUGAAUACACAGGUUAUGUGUACCGUGAAGCUGAAUACACAGGUUAUGUGUACCGUGAAGCUGAAUACACAGGUUAUGUGUACCGUGAAGAAGGAUACACAGGUUAUGUGUACCGUGAAGCUGAAUACACCAAAACCAGGUUAAGAAUGGCCUCUCGUGGCGAGAGGUAA